AUGUCAUUGUUAAUAUAUAUAUUAUUAAUAGGAAUAAAUAAUAUUUAUUCGAAUGAAUAUUAUCAUUCAUCGAAAAGAGAAUUAAAUUCUAUUCGAAUUGAAAUAAAAUCUGUUCUAUGUCCAGAUGGACAAAGUUAUUGUCCUGAUAAGGAAACAUGUUGUCUAUUGUCAUCAGGUCAAUAUGGAUGUUGUCCUCUUCCUGAUGCUGUUUGUUGUAAUGAUAAUGUUCAUUGUUGUCCAAGUGGUUAUACAUGUGAUGUUGAACAUUCAAGAUGUGAAAAAGGAUUUGGAAAUUCUGAUGAUGUUUUAUGUCCUGAUGGUGAAAUGUUAUGUUCUGAUGGUGAAACAUGUUGUCAAUUACAAAGAGGAAGUUAUGCUUGUUGUCCAUUACCUGAUGCUGUUUGUUGUAGUGAUUAUAGUCAUUGUUGUCCACAUGGAUAUAAAUGUAAUAUUGAACUAAAUCGAUGUGAAAAAGGCAUAUAUAUUCAAUGGUUUAGAAAAACUUCAUCUUUUCCUUUAAAAAAUCUCUUAUUAUCGAAAUCAAUAUCUUAUUCUUCACUUAAAUUAAUUGUUAAUUAUUCAUUAUCAGAUGUUUCAACAGUAAAAUGUUCUAAUAAAAAAUCCAUUUGUCCUGAAGAAAUAAAUUGUUAUCAAAUAGAUAAACAAUUCUAUGAAUAUUGUUUAUAUCGUCAAGCAUUUUGUUGUUCAAAUAAAAUUGAUUGUUGUCAAAAUGGUUAUUCAUGUGAUAAAUCAGAUUUAAUAUGUAUUAAAAAUUUUAAUUUAACUAAGAAAAAAGAAAUGAAAAAUGAAAGUUUAAAUAAAUGUGGAUCGUCAAAUAAAUAUUGUCCAUUUGAUCAAACUUGUUGCAAAAUUUCUCAAUCAAAUUCGAAUAGCUAUGCUUGUUGUACUUUUUCACAUGGUGUAUGUUGUGAUGAUGGUCGACAUUGUUGUCCAAAUGGCACAAUAUGUCAUUAUAAUAAAUGUUGGAUAGUUGUUUGUAUAAGUGAUACACAUCAAAAACAUCGUCAAUUAACCGAACGAUUAAAAUCAAGUUAUUGUGGUGAUAUUCUUAUACAUGCUGGAGAUAUAACCAAUUUUGCUCGUGGUUCAAAACCAUUUGAUGAUUUUGAUCAAUGGUUAAGUGAACUUCCAUUUAAACAUAAAUUAAUUAUUGGGGGAAAUCAUGAUUCGAUUUUAACUCCAUAUUUAAAUAAUGGAAAAUUUUUAGAAAAUGAACAAAUAAUAAUUGAUAAUUAUCUUCAUAUAUAUGGUUCAUCAUGGCGUCCUACAGGUGAAUCAACAUGGUUGGAUAUUCCUUCAAAUUCAAAUAUUGUUAUAACACAUAAUCCACCUUGUUCACCAAAUGGAUCACAUAUUGAUUUAGAAGGAAAUUUAGAAUUAAGAUUACAUAAAAUAAAACCUUUAAUUUCAAUAUUUGGUCAUAUUCAUCAAGAUUAUGGAGUUUGGAAAGAUGAUAAUGGAAUUUUAUUUGCUAAUGCAGCAUCUUUUCCUUCUUCUCGAUCUCAAACAUUAAAUCAUCCUUUAAGAUUCAAAAUUUCUAUUGAUGAAAACUCACUGCUUUCUAUUGAACAUAUUAUUUAA